AUGCCGCCCGUCGCCGGCAUGCUCGCGGCGCGCGCCUCUCUCCUGAUCCCCGACCCGCCGUCGGCACAGUACACCAACGCCUAUCUCCAGGCCAACCUCGUCUGCCGCGUCGUCCUGGCCCUCCUGGCCAACGCCGGCUGUUGGAUACCGCUCCGGAACCUGUGCCGCCAGGGCGAGCUCGCCCCAGCCGUCUUUGUCGGCACGGUCGUCGUCGCCAACUGCCUCGCCGCCGCCAACGCCCUCGCCUGGCGCGACGACAACGUGUCCAGGUGGUGGGACGGCCGCGUGUGGUGUGACCUGCACGCCUACCUCUAUCAGCCCCUCAUUCCCCUAUACUGGCUCUCUGUCGUCGCCAUCACCCGCAACCUCGCUCAGCAGAUGGACCUAUCGCGAGCCAGCCCCUUGUCCGGUCGGGAGAGGCGCAGGAAGAGGCUCGUCCAGGCCCUGAUCGUGUUCCCGCUCCCGGUCGUACAGGCCAGCUUGCUGUAUCCGAUAUCCUCGCAGAGAUACAGGAUUGUCACCCUGACCGGGUGCAUGUGGAGCGGCCAUCAGAGCUGGCCCCUAUUCGUCUUCUUCCUGGCCCCGCGCCUGCUGGCGGUUCUCGCGUCGGUAUACUAUGCCGUCCUCACCUGGUGGCGCUACAGUCUGGUUGCGCAGUUCACCCGCCCGGCUCUCAUGUCGAACGGCUCGGCUGCCUCCCGGGCGAGCCGGACCCGACGGCGGCUUUUUCUCGUCAUGGUCUGCGUCCUCGUGCCCUACGCCCCGGUAGAAUGCUACAUGGCUGCCACGCAGUUCAGGGCCUUCUUUCUCUCCAACGACUUCGACCUCCAUGGGAUCCGGCAGCGGGUCAGCCCGUUCCCGUGGAACACCAUACUGCUCCUCCCUAGUAGUAGGCUUAGCUUCUUCGAGCUCAACCACCAGUACCUGGUCAUCGCGACCGCGGCUCCCGUCUUCUACUUCUUCGGUAUGACGGAGGAUGCGGCGGGGACCUAUCACCGGGCAUUGCGGACCGUUGGCCUUGGCAGGGUCUUGCCGUGGCUCCGCGAGGGGCCAGCCUCGGGGCGAACAGGCCGGCAGUCGGGAAUCUCGCUGCAGGUAGAGACAGAGUAG